AACGGCUCACAAUUAGCCAGCAUUCCGGCUAAGGGAGAUAGCCUACGGGGGUUUGUGAGUACGCGUCUUUUGCAGCAUCUGCGUCCAUGGGGGCUGGGUUGAGGGAGGCUUAAAAGCAAGGCUGUUUAGUUCGAAUAAAGCUAUCUUUGACUGCAGUUUACUGACACCGCUACAACGUGUUUUUAUCGCUGGCUGUCCAGACGGAAGGUGCUGAAACGCUUUGUCGCGUGUCUGGAAGCAGCCAGAGUGGCUGGAAAAGCUACACUUCAUGGUAGACAUGACAGCGCACCUGAACACGCUGAACACAGCUCUUCAGGGGAAAGGACGUACAGCCCUGCACAUGUUGGAGGAUGUUUUGGCAUUCGAACGCAAGUUGACAGUGCUUGCCAGAGAUUUACAGAAAGGCACUUUGUCUCACUUCCCCAAUUUGAGAGAGUUCAAACAAGGUCACGACAUGAUAAUUUCGGAGUAUUUACAUUCUGCAAUCAUCGCAAUGCAAACAUCGUUUGGGAAACGCUUCUGUGAGUUCAGAGAGGAAAAAAACACAUUAUCCUUCCCGGUCACUCCCUUAAGCAUCGAUCCUUCCCUACUGAAUACGACUGCAUUGGCAGGUGUGAGUCAACCUGAUCUUGAGAUGGAACUGGCCGACAUAGCCGACAAAGACAUAUGGGUGUCCAAGUUUAGACGCUUGACAGCAGACCUUGAAGAUGUUGCCCGUCAGAAGGCCGUUCUUGCUCAGAAACACAAAUGGAGUGAUAUUGAAAACCUCACAGAUGACAGCUUGCGAUCCUGUGUAAAGAUGAAGGUGACAUCAUACAGCCCUGAUGUGCAGACGCUGUGCGCUGAGGUCCAGGAGCAGAAAUCCCAUUAACCAAGAUGACAGCUGGCUGACGUUAUUUUUGGUUUGCUGCUGGCGGAAAAUUUAAGUUCGGCGUUUUUCAUAAAUACAAGAAGGACUCAAAUAGACAUUGAAUAUUUUACUUAAAAGUAACUUUCAACCCAACGUCUUUUUUUCGGAGUUCAAAAUGUUUUUGUUGCAUGCAGAAAUGUAAUUUUGUUUUCUCUGCAGGAGUUCAUCAAUUUCAUAAAUGCAACACAUUAUAGUUUGUUUAUACAUAGCAUAAAGGCAAAAAAAACGUUGUAUGCAGUGUUAUUUCAUUUUAAAUGUCAAACGGGUUUUGCGGCUCCCAGUGUUUUCUUUUCUGUGGGAAACGGGUCCA